GACAAGCAGCCUCCCUGGUUCCUCUUGGGUCACAGAAUACGUUCCCCAUGGUGUGAGCAAAGGCCACACUUUCCGGGGAGUAUUGUUGGCUUCUCAGAGUCUGAAAAAGAGAGUUGAGGCCUCCUCUUUGCGGCCCCUCAUGGGUGCCGUCUAUCACCCCAUUUGGCUACUGUGAUGUGCACUGCUGGUUGAGAUGCUGAGGAUGGAGAAGUGGGGAGACCUGCCCUGACCACACCCAGCCCCCCGAAGGAUGUUCCCGACCACAUGGAAGUGGGUCUGCCCAGCUGGUAGGAAGAAGGGGCAUGAAGACCAUGCUUCCAAGAGUGUGUGUAAUGGCACCAGUGGCACCCCCUCCAGGACUUCUUUGCAGAGAUACCUGAGCUCCCCACUAGGCUGGGUGCAGAGGUGGAGGCCUGCCUCCUGCGUUGCCCUAAGCCCCGCCCCUCCAUGGCCCUAAGCCCUAUUGCUUCUUGGUUCCGCCCUGCUUCAGUUCAGUACCUGGUGCUCAACCAGUGGAUACAUUUGUGGUGUGUGGCCUAUGUCCCAACUCCCGCCCCUCGGAACUUUCUUUGUUUCUUCCUUUGCUUUUUAUCUUCACUCUGGCCAGCUCAGCAGCCUGAACGCAAGUUGUGCUGGCUGAACUGAAAAUGCAGAGGCCUUCGGUUAUACGGGAACUACGUAAGGCCUUGUCUGUUGUGAGUGCCCCCAAGAAGAAGCAGGGUAUACCGAUAAAGAGACGCCUGCUUCGGAGACAGAGAAGGAUUAUGGCCACUGCCCCUAAAUCGCACAUGCAUGCCAAGAAAUUGACUGUGGAAGAAGGAGUUUGCACUGGAAAGAACACUGUACAUCAGCUCCAGGCCCAGGUUGACACAGCAACCCAGGAGGAAAGUUCUCAAGGGCCUGUGCUGCUGAGUCAGCUCCCAGAACCAACAUCUGUGCUGUAUACUCCAGAGACCCUGGGGCAACAACUGAUGGUUUCCCUUUCUGGGGAGCCCCAUGGGCCCUCUGCCAUGCCAAGCAUGUACCCAAGCCUGAUUCUUCAGCCCUGUGCCACUGCUGACCCUAUGCUACUGCAGCCACAGAGCCCCAGUGCCUCCAACCAGGCUUCGGUUGCUGCUACCUUGGAGUGGCAGGAGAUGCUGGAGGCUGCUGAAGCUCUGCUGGCUCUGAAGAACUCUUCGCAGACACGUCACCAGCCCUGUGGCAUGCCAGGUCCUGCUGGAGAGAGGGGACGGCAGCUGGCCAGCCCCUCUAUGCCACCCAGGCCUGCCAACUCUGGUUCGCUGCCUUCUGGACAUCUCGAUUGCAUGUCCCUCUUGACCUAAGAACCCAGACUACGAGGCCUCGCUAGAGCACUGCCUGUUUGAUUCCUGUUUCUGAACUUGCAAAAUGGCUCCUGUCCAAAGUGCUUAAUGUGUUUUUUAAGCAUUCAGGUAUUUUAUAAGCUUUCAGAUCCUUUUUUAUGAUAUAGGGCAAUUACUUGGCUUUCCUAUGUUCUUUAUCCCCAUCCCUUAUUUCUUUGGAAGCUGGGGCUUUUUAUGUGUCUUAUAAAAUGCUUUGUGCAAUCAAAUAUGAUCAAUCAAUCUAUCAGUGGGGUUCUGAGUGAUAUCAAUGCCAGUGUUUUCCUUUGUGUGCACUUGCACACUUACCUGUGCACUACUGUACUUACAUACGUAUGUGGAAACAUGAGUAUUUUCACAUUGCAUAUAGAUUUGUGUCUUACCAAAAAUAAAUAAUUUUAUAAGGCACUAAGAAGUAUGGGU